CGUACCCGAAGAGUGCCGAGUCUUGCGACCACCCAAGCCAGAUCAAGGCUGGGAACUCGUCUCGAAGAUAGAUACCGUACAAUGGAGUUUCCCGGCACAUCUCCCUCCAAAUAUGAAACUAAGCGCAUCUUCGCCAGUUUUGAUAUCUCUGAUUCAUCUAUCCGACAACGAGAUUAAGACCCUCACGAGUGAGAUUGGUUUUGAUCCUCUUUUAGAACCAGUACAGAUCUACAACUGGCCUAAAGACGCGGUACCAGCCUCACGAGUCGACAUGUGGCGUAUUUUCGAUCAAGUUAAACCUGAGUUCCUCGCUCCCUACGAACAAGUCUUCGGCUUCUUCAUUGAUUGCACCGACAUGCACAGCAUGGAUAGGAAGCCUGAGAUUAUCGUCGUAGACCGUCGUCGGCAAUCAUCGACGAACGCAGCACACGAAAACAUCAUGAGACUCUUCAAAAUACAGUCAGAGGAUAUGCUGUUCCUUUGGAAAGGUGCCUGGAAUCCGACUGGCCGGGGGACACACAACGGGUGUCGUGAGAAUGAGAGUAUCAAUAGGAAGAUGUGGACAUUCGAAGUCGUUGGAAACCCCGAUGUUCCUACCAUCGUUGGAGACCCAUACCCUGUAUUUCUGCUGGGUCCGAUAAGUGAAUACCAAAUUCGCGCCGUUCGUGCCGCGCUGAUGCAAGAGGAAGGCGAGUACCAGUUCAUCACCGUUCCGAAUGGCGAUGGUACAUUAGAAGGCCUAGUCCGCUACUUCGAGUCGCCAGAAUUCCGGCAUUAUGAAGAGCCUCCUCAUUUCUUCAUCGCAGUCGAUGAAGAGACUCUCGAUGCACUCCCCGAUCCACAAGAGGACGACGCCGAAAAGUGGAAACCAGGCGACUGCAGCGUCAUCCUUGCCUCUGCAAGCGGCUGUACAGCGAGUUCUCCGUCCUAUUCAGUGAGGGAAUACCUCGGAUACGGAUACGGCAGAACGUCACUGGGUGGCUAUGGUCCUCAUUCUGCCAUGAACAAUCUAAGUACCGGAAACAUGGACUUAUUCGAGCUGAUAGAGCCGGAUGAUGACGGCGAAGAAGACGAGUAUGGGCAAUGUAAGCCAAAGAAAGUAUUUUGGUCAACGUUCACGCCUGGGGAUGCUGUUUUGGAUUACUAGCUAUCGAAGACACAAGCCUUGCAAGGGGAAUUUACUCUCAAAAGUCUGUAUAUGAAUACUCUUCUCUCAUUCUGACUACUAAGCUUAGUCCUACGAGUCUCGAUCUCCACCCAACCAAGUCUCUACCAAG